AUGUCAUACGUCACUAUGGCCCAGCAGGGCCUCGCUGCCGUGGACGCAGCCAACUGGGAAGAGGCCCUCAACAAGCUCUCCUUUGCACUCAAGGAAUCUCUCAGCCCAGUCUGGCUGAUUGCUCGCUCAAAGGCCCUGGCCGGGCUCGGGCGACCCCAGGAAGCCCUCGACGAUGCCGACCUCGCCUGGCACAUGGCCAUAGAGCGUAACAAGCGCGAGCUCAUGGCGACCGCUCAGUACCGUCGCGGGGUGGCCUUUUUCCAGCUCAAGCAGUACGCCAACGCCGACUACUGCUUUAUGCACUGCAUGAGAAUCAUCAAGGGUGGUCCAGCGGUGCCUAAGGAGGACCCCGGCCUGGAGUUGGUGGAUGAGAAGGGUUUCUGGACCGUGACGGCUGCCGAGGCACUCGCUGCUGCUCGCUACGAUGAUAUUGGCAAGAAGGACAGCACGUUGCAGGGGGAAAAUCCAUUGGCUGCGGCGGCGGCAAACAGGCCGCACUUUAGGGAAUGGCGGAUGGCUAGCAAUAUGCGAAUCCAGGCCCUGUCGGCCAUGGAGAAGCUGCCGACGGAUGACGACGCUAGGAAGCUGACGACAACCAUGGUUCCCGAGAAAAAGGGCCUCGCCGACCACCAGUCUUCCAAGGUCGGUGUGGAGGCUGCCAAGGUGGAGGUUGCUAAAGCUCAGACUGCAAAGACGGCGGAGGUUAACAAGGCGGAGGUCAAAGCAGAAACGCCUGCGGUUCCCAAAGACACCCCGCUGCGGUUGCAGGAUUUCCAAAGCAACACACAGAUGUCGGUUUCGAUUUUCUCAAAGGGUGUGAACAAGGAGAAGCUUCAAGUCCAGUUCCUCGAAUCCUCGGUUCGUCUGGAUCCUCUGGUCUAUCCAAACGGUGACGAGAAGGAGUUUGAACUUGACCUGUGGGGAGAAAUUAUUCCUGCCAAGUCCCAGUAUACCGUUACACCUAACAAGGUUGAGCUGAGCUUGGCCAAGAAAACACCUGGCAAAUGGGCAACCCUCAAAGGUGAUGGAUCAGCCAAGCGAGCACCAGUCUCCAGUCCUCAGGUCGUGGAAACAACUUCCGAGAAAGCUCCAGUUGUAGUUCCCGCUGCGGCCCCAGCUGCGGCCCCAGCACCAGCUGCGACACCGGCGUAUCCCACAUCAUCACGCAGUGGUCCUAAAAACUGGGAUCAGUUUGGGGCUGACGAAAAUUCAGAUGACGAGAAGGAUGUUAACCUCUUCUUCAAGAAACUGUACAAAGGCGCCACCCCUGAGCAGCAACGGGCCAUGAUGAAGAGCUUCACGGAGAGCAAUGGAACUUCCCUGAGCACGAACUGGGACGAUGUCAAGGGUAAGAAGGUCGAGACUGUGCCUCCCGAAGGAGUUGAGGCAAAGAAGUGGUAG